AUGGCACCAAACUGGCAGCCGCCCUUAUUGACUAAUUCCAAAGAGGCACAUCUCCGUGGUAUGGCUUACCUAUCCAAGUUCGAUUCGUCAUCUGCUAGAGUUAAAGGCCUAGCUUUUCAUCCGAAGCGACCAUGGAUUUUGUCGGGCCUUCACACCGGUGUUAUUGAACUCUGGGACUACAGGUCCUGCACUCUCAUUGAUAAGUUUGAGGAGCAUGAGGGACCCGUACGUGGUAUUGACUUUCACAAGAACCAGCCUUUGUUUGUUUCUGGUGGUGACGACUACAAGAUUAGGGUUUGGAAUUACAAGCAACGCAAAUGUUUGUUUACGCUUCAUGGUCACAUGGAUUAUAUACGCACGACGUUCUUUCACCAUGAGUAUCCGUGGAUAUUGAGCGCUUCAGAUGACCAGACUAUACGCAUUUGGAAUUGGCAGGCUCGUUCUUUGGCUUGUGUGCUUACAGGUCACUGUCACUAUGUGAUGUGUGCGCAAUUCCACCCUAAAGAGGACCUCGUGGUCUCUGCGUCCCUUGAUCAAAGUGUUCGUGUGUGGGAUAUUUCUGGUUUUCGUAAGAAGAAUGUUGCGCCCGCAAAUCUGAGCGGAAUUGAGGAGCAGGUGCGCUACCUCUCCAGUGGCAACAGUUCAAUGGGUCACAGCGGAUUGGGAGGCAAUGCCGAAUUUUUCGGACCUACCGACGUAGUAGCGCGUCACGUCCUUGAGGGACAUGACCGAGGCGUAAACUGGGUCGUCUUCCAUCCUACCCUCCCCAUCAUUGUCUCUGCCUCUGACGAUCGUCAGAUUCGUCUCUGGCGUAUAACCGAGACAAAGGCCUGGCUCUUGGACACUCUACGGGGACACACAAACAACGUCAGUUGUGUCGUCUUCCACCCUAAGCAGGAUCUACUGCUGUCGGACUCUGAAGACAAGACAAUCCGCAUAUGGGAUCUGGCGAAGCGCGCCUGUGUGGCCACCAUCCGGCGGGACUCGGACCGUUUCUGGGUUCUCGCUGCACAUCCUGCGCACAAUCUUUUCGCCGCAGGUCACGAUGAGGGCAUGAUUGUUUUCAAAUUGGAACGUGAACGACCCGCAUGGACCCUACAUAGAGACCUUCUUUUCUACGUGAAGGGAAAACAGCUGCGCAAACUCAACUUGGCCAACACCAAAGACUCCCCUGUUAUGGUUCUCAAGGAUUACGGAACACCAUUUGCGAUUGCUUAUAACCACAUCGAGAACUCUGUCAUAAUAACCUCUCGACCACAGUUUACGGAGUCGGGGACUGCCAACUACAAUACCUCUCAAGUUACCUAUGACCUCUAUCAGCUGCCGAAGGAUGGCUCAGCUGGUGAUAAUGCGGCAGAGAGUCGCAGUGGUCACGGCUCGGGGGCUGUCUGGAUCGGACGCAACAAAUUUGUCGUCCUUGAAGCACCUGGUACUCUAGCAGUACGCAACUCGGCCAAUGAGAAAAUUAAAAAAAUCGAUCUGCCUGGCACCGACUGCAUCUUUUAUGGUGGUAUUGGUAAUAUUCUUGUACGUGAUGCCUCCUGUCUGAGUCUCUAUUCUGUGGCCAAUGGGCGAACCCUUGCAACUCUUAAAAACACCAAGCUCAUUCGCCAAGCCAUCUGGUCACCUGACGGCCAGCAUGUAGCAUUCUUCAGCAAAAUGUUUCUCUACCUUUGUGAUCGCCAGUUGGAGGUAAAGACUAGCAUCCACGAAACCGUUCGUAUCAAGAGUGGCGCCUGGGCUGAGGAGGCUGGGGUUUUUAUCUACACCACAUCGACUCACAUCAAAUAUUGCCUCUUAAACGGGGAUCAUGGCAUCAUACGCACCCUUGAUUUAGUCAUCUAUAUCACCAAGGUACAUGGUGACUCGAUAUUCUGUCUGGAUCGGGAUUGCCAACCAAAAAUCCUCUCUGUUGAUCCCACAGAAUACCGAUUUAAACUCGCUCUCAUUAACCGUCGCUACGAAGAAGUGCUUUACAUGGUAAACAACGCAAACCUUGUCGGGCAGGCGAUAAUCGGCUAUCUAGAACAGAAGGGUUACCCUGAAGUGGCCUUGCACUUUGUUAAGGAUACGAGAACUCGUUUUUCCCUAGCAAUGGAUUGUGGACAUUUGGACGUCGGUCUGGAGGCAGCUCGUAUCCUCGACGACAAGGCUUGCUGGGAACGUCUAGGUGAAUUGGCUCUACGGCAGGGCAACAUUAACGUCCUUGAAAUGGCUUACCAGCGAACUAAAAACUUCUCCAAACUCACAUUCCUCUACCUCAUUACGGGUAAUCUGGAGAAACUGCGCAAAAUGAUGAAAAUAGCGGAGGUGCGACGGGAUUUGGGGAAGCAGUUUCAGAUCGCUUUAUUGUUGGGUGAUGUAGCAGAGCGUGUAAAGGUGCUUAAGAACUGUGGCCGGGGCUCUCUGGCUCUCCUUACUGCCUCAACGCAUGGACUAAUACAAGAAGCGAAGGAGCUUAUAGAAAACGGAGAAACAGCUCCUCCAGCUAAUCCCUCGGCCAAACUACUGGUUCCAUCACCACCAGCUUCAGCAGCAGAGGUGGCAGAGAGUAACUGGCCCACCCUGAGUGUACACAAGGACUUUUUUGAGGUGGCCAUUGGGAAGGCGGGUCUGGAGGAUGUCGAAGCGACAUCCGGACCACGAAUCCAAUUGCCCAAGCCUGAUAAGGCUGCCUUCAACAUGGAUUCCUCCGAAGUGGCUAACUGGGGCGAAGACACCGACUUGGCGCUGGAUGAGGAAGGCGAAGGCAAAUUUACCAAGGGUGGCUUUGGUGAUGAGGAAGAAGGUGGAGAAGCUGGUUUGGGUGAUACUGAAGAAGGAGGUUGGGACGCAGAACAGGAUCCGGAUCUUCUAGCCGAAGUUCUUGGCACUACAGUAGGCGUGACCACAGAGAAAGUAACGCUAGAUACAUUCACGGAGCCUACACCGGGUCGUUCACCCGAAUCAUACUGGAUUGACAACUCUCCACUUGCUGUUGACCACAUUCUUGCUGGCUCCUACGCACAAGCGAUGCGUCUACUGAACCAACAAGUGGGUGUGGUGGACUUUAAGCCGUACGCGCCUAUCUUCCACGCUCUUUAUGCUGCUUCGCGAAUGGUGCUUCCGGGACCAGGGCAUACCCCCGCGUUGCGCAUUUACGCCCACCGCACUUGCGGAUCACUCUCCAGCGCACUUCCCGCCUUGCCGCUACGUCUGGAGCACCUGAUCUCCCGUCUGCAGACCGCCUACCAGCUGACUACGAAGGCCAAGUUUGCUGAUGCUGUCGAGCGCUUUCGCUCCAUCAUGCUUUCCGUGCCUCUCCUCUUGGUAGACAACAAUACUGAAGAGGCUGAGGCUAAGAGUCUUAUCAACAUUUGCAAGGAGUACAUAAUUGGUCUUCAAAUGGAGAUGACUCGUAAGACCUUACCUAAGGAAACCGACAAGGACAGAGUACGAAACGUUGAACUGGCCUGUUACUUCACGCACAUGAAGUUGGAACUGCCUCAUCUGGUGUUAACCCUACGCACUUCAGUGAACCUGCUGUUCAAGCUGAAGAAUUUGCGUACCGCGGCGUUAAUGGCACGUCGUCUUUUGGACCUGGCACCUUCACCAGAGGUGGCGGAGCAGACGCGUAAAAUUCUGCGAAUUUGCGAUGCUAACCCCGUGGACGCCUUCGAGUUGGCGUACGAUCCACGGAAUCCCUUCGAGAUUUGUCCCGCCUCCUUCACGCCCAUCUACCGCGGCGAGGAGUGUGUACGCGAGCCCCUUUCUGGUGCCGCUUAUCGAUCCGAGUUCAAGGGUCAGUUGUGCCGUGUCACCAAGGCCACUGAGAUUGGAUUGGCCGCCCGUGGUAUAUGCCUCCAAAUGCCCAAGUCGCACUAA